AAGAGUAAGAGAGAGAGAGAGGGUGAUGGGGAGGAAGGAUGAGGUUCCAAGAGGCUACGUGCCGAUGGUGGUGGGCAGAGGGAAGGAGAAGGAGGAGAGGUUUCUGGUGCACACCAAGCUCUUCAAGCACCCACGUUUCGCAGCAUUGCUGGAGAUGGCGGAGCAAGAGUUCGGCUACCGGCAACCUGGCGUGCUUCGCAUCCCUUGCGACGCGGAGCAGUUCAGAUCAGUGGUUAAUGCGGCUGCCGCCAAGGCCAAGUCGUAGCAUCUCUCCUUCUCUCUCCCCUAUGCGUGUUUCUGUAUCCCCUUCCUCUUUCUUUGUCUUUUGGUUAGGUUAGGGACUUCAAUUGUAUACAAUUAGAAGCUAGUGCUCUUUGAUGAGAAACACAUCUGAAACUUCAGAGAGAUUUGUGCACGUAGAGAAGCAGAUCUUGAUGCACAGCUGCAGCUACAGCGCUCGUCUCUUUGAUUUUGCUCA